AUGCAAGGCAUAGAUUUAAAAAUCUUAAUAAAUAAUAAUACUGUUGUUCAGGUAACUGGUGGAAACAAGGGUAUUGGCUUUGCCACUGUUAAAGCUCUCUGCCAACAAUACAAUGGAAACGUUUACUUGACAGCUCGCGAUACCACUCGUGGUUUGAAUGCUGUCAGUGAAUUGAAAAAGCAAGGUUUAAAUCCGAAAUUUCACCAACUGGACGUCAAUGAUGACAACAGUGUUAAUACAUUUCGAGAUUAUUUGCAAAAUACGUAUGGUGGCCUUGAUGUAUUGGUUAACAAUGCUGCUAUAAUGUUUCAAAAUGAUGCUGCGGAGCCUUUUGGGUUCCAAGCAGAAGAAACGAUACGAAUAAACUACUUCAGUUUACGUAGAGUGUGUACCGCUCUCUAUCCAGUGCUUCGACCGCACGCCCGGGUAGUUCAUGUUUCGAGCGGUCUUGGAUGUCUAUCACAAAUUACUGGUGGCACAUUGAAAAAGAAAUUAGCUAAUCCAAAUUUAACUGAAACAGAAUUGGACAAAAUCAUGCAUGAAUUUGUCAAUGCUGCAAAAUCUGGUACGCAUUUACAAGUCGGUUGGUCAAAUUCAGCCUAUGUGGCGAGUAAAAUCGGUGUUAGCGCUUUAGCUGGUAUUCACCAAUCUAUGUUUAAUGUGGAUCCCCGAGAAGACAUUGUGGUGAAUGCAGUACACCCUGGUUACGUAGAUACUGACAUGACUUUACAUAAGGGAAUCUUGACACCAGAUCAAGGGGCUAUAGGUCCUGUUUAUUGUGCAUUGUUGCCAAAGAAUACAGAGAUAAAAGGAAAAUUUAUCUGGUACGAUAAGACAUUAGCAGAUUGGAAAUAAGCAUAUAACGUAAUUAUAUUACUCAUUCCCAUAAUGCAUAACAUGUACAAAUAUACAUAUAAAUGAACAAAUACAUGAAUGUUAAAUAAA